GUUGUGAAUGAACGUAUAGCUUCUAUGAUAACUCACCACUAUAUUGCCAUUGUAAAGUGUAUGAUAGCAAAUGUCUCUGUGGAGAUUAUUCUGUUUUGUUUAUGCAGGAUCAAGACAGUAGAUGAACAAAGUAAACAAAUGAUCUGCUGUAUAGAAAAAAAAACACAGGACUUUACAUGUGGCAUUAUUUAAUUAUGUAUUCUCUGUUUUAAGGUGUUGGAAAAAUAAUACUCACUCAAGGAAGCUUUACCAACAGGUAGCUCCACCCCUCUAAUCGUUUAAUGUUGGGUGUAGACAGUGAUGUGGAUGUUCCUGUCUUCCGCCUUCCAAAAGACAAACCUUUCCAACGGCUGGAAAAUUAUUAUGAAUUCAGACGGCCCUCUUAUACGCUAUCUUCCUCUUCCUGAUCUGCCAUUGAAGGAGGACUCCUUAGGAAGCCAUGCUGAUUUAAGAUCAGCCAACCCUCAUUAAGCCAUCAAGGACCUGUUCUCCUGAAGAGCAAAGAAGCGGCUCUCCCUACGGACCAUAUAAUUAGUUAAAGGAGCAUCGAAUCAUAAAGAGCUUUCAGUCUGGCUCAGCAUGCUGCCAACAGGAGAGAGCAAGCCAUCUGGAACGUUUUACAAAAUCCUUCGACCGCUCCUGUUCUGUGUUUUUAUUUUUGGAUGUUUCACGACUGCCUUUUUGAUGUAUUUUAAGACAUCCACCAACUGGUUACAUGCUCAGUUAGACUUGCCCGUUUCCACAACGCAUAUAAAGCACGUCGUCGCAAAGAGUGACAAAAACAUGACCACUGUACUUGUCUGGCUGUUGCCCUUCGGAAAAACCUAUGAAAUGAACAUCUGCAGUUCUACCUUUAACAUCGAGGGCUGCUUCAUCACAGCGGACAGAAACUUCUACAACAAAUCAGACGGGGUUGUGAUGCACCACAGAGACAUUGCUCGGGACCUGUCCAACUUGCCGAAACUGCAGCGACCCCCAUUCCAGAAAUGGAUCUGGAUGAACUUUGAGUCACCAUCAAAUUCAGCCCAGCUGCCCGGGAUUAAUAACUUGUUCAAUCUGACUCUCAAUUAUCGUCAGGAUUCUGACAUCCAAGUGCCUUCUGGGUCGAUUGUACCAGCAGAGACUGUGGAGGACUUUGUACCACCAAGCAAAAACAAAUUGGUCUGCUGGGUUGUCAGCAACUGGAAUCCUGGGCAUGUGCGGGUAAAAUAUUACAAUGAAUUAAAAAAACACAUUAAGGUUGACAUAUAUGGGCGCGCGUUUGGGAAAUACAUCUCUGACAAAGAUUACAUCCCCACUAUGGAAAGCUGUAAGUUCUAUUUGUCCUUUGAGAACUCAGUCCACAAGGACUACAUCACUGAAAAAUUCUUCAACCCCCUCUCUCUGAGUACAGUGCCAGUGGUUCUUGGCACAACCAGGCAAAACUAUGAGAACAUUCUUCAAGGAGACGGCUUCAUCCACGUAGAUGAUUUCAACUCGCCCAAAGAGCUGGCUGACUACCUGCUUCUCCUGGACAAGAAUGAAGACCUGUACCGAGGGUACUUUAAAUGGAGACGCCACUUUAAAGUAACUAAAGUGCAUGGCUGGGCAGAGCACACAUGCAAGGCUUGUGAUUAUCUCAGAAGACACAAAGAAUACAGGACAUUUAAUAACCUUAACAAGUGGUACUGGGGUUGAUGGUGCUUAGAUGGACUAUACAACACUCAUAACCUCUGAGUAAUUUUUUGUAAGUUUACAUUUGCAUUGCAAAUCUAAAAAGACGCUUCUCUUUACAUUUUUAAAGAAAUAUUGAUGAUCGUUGUAAUAAAGAGGCCAAAUAUAAGCUUGGCCUCUGGGGUUUAGUUGGCACCCUCAAAAAAGAUGUGAGUUGAAUUUUCAAAGUUCCUAGACAGUCUAAACAACUGGAAUUAGAUUCCAGUAUCCAAAUAUUGAUAGGUAAAAAUUAAGAAAAUAAGAUUAUUUGGAGUAUCCUGUGUUUUAACUUUUAACCUUAUUUAAUUUAAUCCUUUCUUCCUUGUAGUUCAAGCCUUGUCCUUCCUUCCUCCUGCUUUACUGUCUUCUGUAAUUUUUCUGUUGUGCCCUUCCUCCUUUGACUGUAUUCUUCCUUUCAUUGAUUUCUUGUGGUCUCUCCUAUUCUUUUGUCUCCCACCUUUUCCUUCCUUCUUUUCUUCUUUUCCUUUCUUCCUUCCUUCCUUCCUUUGAACAUUAAUCAAACCACUGCACUCAGGAAAAUAUAAACAAACAAACAAACAUGAAAAAACAACUCCCCAGAAAACCCACAAACUAAUUUUAACAAAAAUAUUACCUAUCAAUUCAUCAUGAACUCGGUAAUGUAUGAGCACAUGAGCAUAUUUUCUGAAACAAAUGUGACAUAAACUACGAGACAGCUGUGCAGAGGUCAGCAUACAAUGCACACAAUUGGCCAUGUUAAUCACAAAAAUGAUGAUGUCAUCACAUCAUGAAAGCAGCUGUUCGCUUCUAUGUCGGAUGUCUUCAACUCCUUGAGGUCCAGCGUCCUGCGACUUUUAUGUGUUACCUAGCAACAGAGCCGGAUGCAUUCAAACAAACCUGGACAUUUUAACACUCACCUACAAGUUAUUUCAGUUGCUGUGUCUUUUGAAAAAAACUGAAACUACAAAUAUAGCACAGAUGUGAAUGCAGUUUUAUUUCUGAUUAUCAGGUCCAUUAAAAUUGUACGUAUUUAUUAAUUUAUUUUUACUUUUAUGUUAGAGGCUCAGGCUCAUUAGGCUUUGAGAGAGAUCCUGCCUCUUGUAAUGAGAUGCACUGAAGAUUAUGAUGUACUCACUCUUAACUAAUGCCAGGUGCAAUUUGUAGUUCACAAACCACUUAAAAUGGAAAAGGUGAAAGAGGAUAAAAUAAAGUCAUAACUGAGUAAUUAUAUAAUUAUGUAUCUGUGCUAUGGGUUCUCAAAAUAUUACCUCAAAUUUGUAUUCAGAGAUAAAGGUAAAUACCAACUUUUGAGCAAAAACAAAGAUGCAUGCAAUUUAUUUCCAAUUAUAUAUCUUUUUUUGGAUUAAAAAGUAAUUCUAUGAUUAUCCAUCUUACCUUUUGUAAUUCAGCAGUCAGCGGUUAGAAGCAGACGCUUUGGAUUUUUUUUCUUUUCUCUGUUGUUUGCAGCAGUAUAAAACAAUCUAGAUCACACUAUCACGGUAUGAAAAUUGCAUUACUUUUAGAUCUCCUGAGAGAAGUUGGAAAUUGGAUGUAAUCACCACUUAUCAUUCUCAUAUGAACAUUGUGUUUUUCAAUGAAGUAAUUUUUUGUAUUAAACAAAUAGAACAAAACCAUGUAAACAUUUGAUGCAAGAUCAACUGCAUCUUUCUAUGGGGUAAAUGCCAAAAGAUAGAUUUUUGUCUAAACUGAUACUUUGCUGUCCGGUCUGGUCACAAUAAUGCAUGUGGAAGCAGGUGCAUAAAUGUAAUAAAUUGAGGCUUCAACUUAAUACAAUCAGGCUGUCAAUAAGAUUAUUAAUCUUAUGAAGCUUCAACUGCAUUAAUGAAAUAAAUGCAUAGUUUUGUAUAUAUGUUUAUGUUCUUAAAAUUAAAAUGUUGGCGUAAAGGUGAAAGAAAUUCUACUGUAACUUUGUGGGUGAUAUUUUGAAGACCUAAGAGACUUUAUAAUUGAUAUAAUUAAUGAGAAAAACCUGGAAGAGGAAUAAAAUGAUCAGAGACAUCGCUUGUGGUGCCAGGGGAUGAGGGAAUGUGAUAUUUUUACAUUCAAAUGUUUUGUAUGAAAUCGUAAUCCUGCUAGCAUUGCCUUACUGAUAAAGGACUUAGCACUUUUAUUUAUGUGAAGUUCUAUAAACCACAGUAGUUAUGGGUCGUCUUGAAUGGAGCUUUCAGUUUGGAAACAAGACCUGUCCUACAGAAACUUUUGUUUACAGUUUCAUAUUGUGUAGUUAUCCAAUGUGGUCAAUCAUUGUGAAGAAAAUAGGUUUCUAUUGUGAAUGUUGUCUGUCCCAUUCUUUCUCUCUUCCUAUCAGACAUGCUCCAGGUUAUCUGUUCAAGAUUUAACGGAUAAAUUUGCAGGUGCAGAGUUAGUGUGUUGUUAAUGUUAUGGGAGUUCUGCUCUGUUUCUCAAUAAAAGUGCUGGAACUAUA